AUGGCUGAUGGUGAGGAGGACCCCGCCGUGUUCAGCUGCCGGUGCCUGCCCGCCGACCCGCGGCUCAUGGCCACGGUCACCAACGCCUACCUGGGCACGCGGGUGUUCCGGGACAUCCUGCACGUCGGUGGCGUCUACAGCGGGGCCGGGGGGGACACCCACCGUGCUGACAUCCCCAGCCCUGCCAACGUCAGGGUCACAGUGCCUGGUGUGGACAGCCUGGCCCAGACCUUCACCCUCAACACCCGCACAGGAACCUUCAGCCAUGUGCUUCAGGCCACUGAUUUCACAGCCACCCAUCAGAUCUACGCUCACCAGUCCCUUGUCCACCUGCUGGUCUCCAGCAUCACCAUCCAGCGAUCAGCUCCCACCACCCACCCCAUCACGGUGCAGCUCCAAACACCUUUCAUGCCAAAGAGCCAGGACCUGGACCUGAAGCAAGGGCCGGAUUUCCAGGGAGCACACUACGUGUACGGGAGGACUCUGGUUCCCGAGGUGGAGGGAGGACCCCGUCCCACCGUGCACAUGCUCUGGAGGCCGGUGCCCCCCGCGCUGACGCUGCGCCGGGACGAGCGGGAGCGGUGCUGGCAGUUCCUGACGGCGGUGGCCGAGAGCCGGGAAGAGGUGCAGAGGAGCUACAGCCAUGGGGUGGCCCUGGUGGCCGCGGGAGCCCUGCGGGCCGUCCACGUGCGGGGCUGGGCUGAGCUGUGGCGGGGAUGCUGCGUGGAGCUGGACGGGCCCCUGUCCCUGCGGCGGGCGCUGCGCGGGUGCCUGUACUACCUGCUGAGCACCCUCCCGCCCCGGGACUGCCCCGGGUUCCUCUUCCAGGGCAUCAGCCCUGGGGGCCUGUCCAACGGCACUCGGGGUGAGGAUUACUGGGGGCACGUCUUCUGGGACCAGGACACUUGGAUGUUCCCAAACAUCCUGCUGUUCUACCCCGAGGCUGCCCGAGCCAUCCUGGAGUACCGGCUGCGCACGCUGGACGGGGCGCUGUGCAACGCGCGGGAACAAGGCUACCAGGGUGCAAAGUUCCCGUGGGAGAGUGCAGCCACUGGCCGGGAGGUCUGCCCCGAGGAGAUCUAUGGAGCCCAGGAAAUCCACGUCACCGGGGAUGUCCUGAUGGCCUUUGAGCAGUAUUACUGCACCACACAGGACCAGAAGCUGUUCAGGGAGGAUGGAGGCUGGCAGCUGGUGGGUGCUGUGGCUCAGUACUGGUGCAGCAGGAUGGAGUGGAGCGAGGAGGAGCAGUGCUACCACAUCAAAGGUGUCAUGCCCCCAGAUGAGUAUCACUGCCUGGUGGACAACUCUGCCUACACCAACGCCGUGGCCCGGCGCAGCUUAGACUUUGCAGCUGAUGUGGCUCGGGACUUCUUGGUGCCUGUGCCAGAGGAGUGGCUGGACUGUGCCAAGAGAGUCAAAGUGCCCUUUGAUGCAGAGAAGAAAUACCAUCCUGAGUACGAUGGCUACAGCCCAGGUGAGCCUGUCAAACAAGCUGAUGUUGUCCUGCUUGGGUUCCCCCUGAUGCACCCCAUGAGCCCUGAAGUCCGAAGGAAUGACCUGGAGGUCUAUGAACCCGUCACCGAGCGGGCCGGGCCGGCCAUGACCUGGAGCAUGUUUGCAGUGGGCUGGCUGGAGCUGAAGGAGGUGCAGAGAGCCCAGAGCCAACUGAACAAGUGUUUCAGCAACAUCACGGAGCCCUUCAAGAUCUGGGUGGAGAAUUCGGAUGGGUCAGGAGCUGUGAACUUCUUGACAGGAAUGGGUGGAUUCUUGCAAGCCAUCCUGUUUGGCUACACAGGGUUCAGGAUCACCAGGCCCAGCCUGCGCUUCGACCCCGCGCUUCCCGAGGACGUCAACAACUUGGAAGUCACUGGUGUCUCCUACCUUGGCAACAAACUGAAGUUCACCAUCACCAAGGGAGAAAUCAGGGUCCAAGUGACCGAGGCUCCCCAGGACCCUCCGGCGUCUCCCCUGGAAGUGGUGCUGGAGGGCUCAGGGCAGCACUUUCCCCUGCGGGAAGGGCAGAGUGUCUCCUUCCCCACAGCAGCUGGCUGGAUCCAGAGGUCAUCCACCCACGCUUCAAACCUGGGCUGA